AUGAGGAAGGGAGGUUGUAGCAGGUUGGGUGGGUGGAACGGUAGAGGCAGAGUUGAAGGAGGAGAGGGAAGUGAGGGAGGUUUGGAUGUCAGUCUGGUGGGCUUCGAGAGAAGAGAUGGAGUCGACAACACCGUCAAGUUGGGAUUGGAGGUGGUCAUGGUGAACAUCAGCGGUGGCGGCACUGAGGUCCUUAUCGGAGAUCGAGAGAUGUAG